UGUCGAUUCUAUCGGGCUACACAUCAAUUGCUGAUCCCGAAUGUAGUGGUUAUCUAGAAUAAGAAGUGGAAUAUACUUCAGUUGAUUUAUGCACGAAAUUCGGGAGGAGUUUUAUUUGGGUAAGUGUUGUUUUCAGAGAUCGCGGUGCAGUUUUUUUUAACGUUUUUUUAGGUUUCAACACUGUGCAUAAUGAGAUGAGAUAUGAGACAUGAAAACAACUGUGAUCCACAAAAACAACUAUUCUUAUCUGCAUACUUCUUACCCAUGUAUAUUUCCAAUAGACAAAUCAGUGCGCGUUUUAGUUGACGACUAGUCAAAUGUGAGUUGUUUGUUUUCCCUUGUGUAUGGAAACGUUGUACGUUUUACUUGCAGUGGUCCCUGUACUAUAUAAAAUACAAUCAGCUUUCUAUCUCGUUUUAAAGAAUUUGAAAUAGAGUUUACUCAAGUUCAGCAGAUUACGAAUUGUGAGCAUUCCAUUAUUUUAAGUGAUCCCCAUUCAAAGGGGAUGAGAUAUUCCAUUAUUUUAAGUGAUCCCCAUUCAAAGGGGAUGAGAUUGCAAAGCUGUCAGACUGAUUUAGGGAAUAGUUAAAGUAGUAGCAGGUGCAUGGCACAGGUUUAGGAACUGCAAUGCCAGUGCAGUGCUGCCAUAUGUGCCUUGCCCAUAAAUAAUCCACUGGGUGUAAACCUACGUAUAGCUGCCUCAGCACAAUGAAAGACAAUCCCCGACACACUGAGAGAGCAGGAAAAAUGAUUUCAGAUGUAACAGUUGGACAUAUUGUUGUAUUUUAUUGUAUUGUGGCUGAAUCAGUUGUGCUAGUGCUAACAUCGGUCAGAUAUGUGGAAGUGCUGGACCGGGAUGGGAAACACUCUUCUACAGCUAUGUCAUAGGCCUACAGUACACAAUAUUUAUGAGGUACACUACAGUGUUAAGUGGUGUUAUUGUGGCUAUAGGAAUGACAGGGCUUCAGACACAGCAGGCUGCCCUGAGGCUUCUACCAUCAGCUGGUUCACUACAACCAUACUGUAGAAUUACUACUGUCCAGGUGUGCAGAGAGAGGCCUUCUCAUUCUAACAUCACUGUACACAUAUGUUCAUGCAGCCUACUGUCUGAUGUAUUUGACAUUUUCUCUGGAAGUCUGGCUGGCCUCUUCUAGAAAUACAUCUGCAUUUGUUCUCAAUUUAGCUUCAAUUCCAGUCAGUAUUUUCACAACUACUUAAAAAGAUGCAUCAUGCGUCAUGCUAUAACUUUAAAAAUAAUUAGGUAUUGGGAAGCAUUCUAAACAAGUUGUUUGCCGGAAUUCCUUUUAAACUCACUCAAGUAAAAACAUGUCUAUUUGUGGUCUGGCCUGGCCAUCACAGAGGCAGUCUGUCUGUGUGUGAGAGUGUGCAACGGGGUGUGAGUGUGGCUGUUGUGAGUCUUGUAAUUUAGAUUUAGCCUCCUUUCCUUAAUAUGCAGAAGUCAGUGGUCUCUUCUCUCCCUCUCUCUCCCGCUCUCUCGCUCUCUCUCGCUCUCCCUUUUCACGUAAAAACCAUGCAACAGAAAUGCCAGUUGUAUAGCACCCUAACGAGGGAGGGACAGCCUCUGGCCCCUGGAGUCCAAAAUGGGCCUCUCUCUUACAAAUCACCUAAUUAGAGAUGGAAGUAGUGGAGUCACAGGGGCAGGAAGGAGAGAUGGGGAGAAGUAGAGAAUCAGAGUCUGUGACUCCAGGCAGACAGAGGUCCAGAGGUCCAGAGGUCUAGAGGUCCAGAGCCUGCUGUGUGUCAAUCCGUCCGCUGGUCCAUUCAUUACUCCAUAUCCUCACACCACCUGUCUGCCUGUCAACACCAAUCUCAGCACCCAGAAUUAAGGCCUAGGUUAUCAUAAAGGACUGUUCUAGGUCAUCAUAAAGGACUGCUCUAGGUCAUCAUAAAGGACUGCUCUAGGUCAUCAUAAAGGACUGUUCUACGUCAUCAUAAAGGAAUGUUCUAUGUCAUCAUAAAGGAAUGUUCUACGUCAUCAUAAAGGACUGCUCUAGGUCAUCAUAAAGGACUGUUCUACGUCAUCAUAAAGGAAUGUUCUACGUCAUCAAAAAGGACUGCUCUAGGUCAUCAUAAAGGACUGCUCUAGGUCAUCAUAAAGGAAUGUUCUACGUCAUUAUAAAGGAAUGUUCUACGUCAUCAUAAAGGAAUGUUCUAUGUCAUCAUAAAGGAAUGUUCUAGGUCAUAAAGGAAUGUUCUAGGUCAUCAUAAAGGAAUGUUCUAGGUCAUCAUAAAGGAAUGUUCUAGGUCAUCAUAAAGGGCUGGAUGGUACAGUAAUAGAACCAACAGGAUGUCCGGAGCACUUGGAGAGUAGACCAUAUCUCAACAACUACCUCCAUAUCACCAGCAGCCUCCCAGACAGCCGCUUGACGUUCCACAGUGACACUGAAGGGCACAACGCCUCCGCCAUUCCUUUCUCUGUGCCAGUACUACUUCUUCUCUAGCGGUCAGUCCCAGAGACCAGGCAUGUAGAGGUAGAGUAUGGGCUUCAGUCCAUUGAAACAUAGAGUAUACUCUUAGAAAAAAGGGUUCCAAAGGGGUUAUUCUGCUGUCCCCAUAGGAUAACCCUUUUUGGUUCCAGGUAGACCCUGUUCUACCUGGAACUAAAAGGGUUCUACCUGCAACCAAAAAGGGUUUAUUCAAAGGGUUCUCCUAUGGGACAGCCGAAAGAACCCUUUAAGGUUCUAGAUAGCUCCUUUUUUUCUAAGAGUGUACUGUACAGUGAGUGACGGAUUUACUCAGGACUUCCUGUACAAUUGACAGCAGGAGGUUCUUAACCCAGCCUGCCCUCUGUAUAACCACUAACUAACUAUACAUUAAUCUACUCCCACAAUAUGGCCAUGUAUAUGGAGUUACCCGAGGAUUAAGAUACCUUGCAGUUGACUUACAGCACCUCAAAGUGGUCCAACAAUCUGUGCUCUACGCACGAGUUGAUCUUGAAUUUCAAUGGAAUGGAUAUUGAUUUAAAGCUUUAUUGCGACCAGUCUUUCUUUGGAAUCCAAAACCGAGGAUUUUGUUACAUGAGACAUAUGCUAUGUGACUUGAGGAAAAUGAUUUUUUACCAGGUUUUUAUCAUCUUCUGAUCGAACUACACGUAGACUGAGUUGCUGUCUCUUCAGGGCCAAUAGUUUAGCUGUUGUCAUUUACGAUUAAAUUAUAACGUCUUAAUUAACCCUAGCCUCUUUUAGUAAUGAAGAUACAUAGAGGCCCAUACACUGUAGAAACCUCUGUUAGCUGACUACAGUGGUUCAGAAGUCUCUUAGCUUCUUACUCAGUGCUGUAGUAUCCCACAGCGAUAAAUCAUGUCAUAGAGAGUAUCUUAAUGGUUGCUUUCCAGACUACUACACCAACAUUUGGUCUGACUAGUUCUUAUGGAUCUCUGAAGACAACAGAAGGUUUUAGCGUCUCUCUCUCUGCCUCUGUACUGUAGUGAAGGGAGGAACCCCAGUCAUUCACAUAGGAUUGUUGUUCCCUGUUUGACCUGGAAUAUCACGUUGCCUUUAUCAGGAUCACCUUUCCCACCUGGCCGUAAUACAGGAGGAUGGGAGUCCUGAUUCAGGGAACUUUGUUGAGGAAGUCAGAAAAAAUUCAUUUUGCCACUCUACUUUUGAAAGAAAAGAAAACCUUCACACUGCACUGUGCUUGCCAGUAAGAUGAAUACAUGUUUGUUCAUCUGCCUCUCGGCCUUCAUCAGUUUCAGUUCUGUCUGUCUUGUUCAGGUUUGUCUUUCCAGUGCAGUGUGUGUGUGUGUGUGUGUGUGUGUAUGGGAGCGGUGAGACAGGCACAGCCAUCAGACUGGUUAUGCUACUCUGUGGCACAAUCACUGUAGAUGGCUGCAUCUCUCUCUCUCUCUCUCUCUCUCUCUCUGUCUCUGUCUCUGUCUCUGUCUCUGUCUCUGUCUCUGUCUCUGUCUCUGUCUCUGUCUCUCUCUGUCUCUCUCUCAUUGCCUGCCCUACCUUCCACCUGGGUAAGUGAUUACUGGCAGGUGGCCAGUGGAAUGCAAAGAGAGAGAGAUGGAGAUGGAGAAAUAGAGAUAAAAUGAUGAGAGAGAAUGCAUGUGGUUUCUAUGCAAGUCUCAUCUUAGAGGAAGGCGUGCUGGUGCCCACACCCAGUCAUUACUUGAAGCCAUUUCCUGCCAUCAAUCAACUGUAAAUCUGCCCUUGAAUAUACCAAAUAAAAUACAAUAUUACUUUAUAUGCUAAAACACUACCGCAACAAGCAUGCACAGGAGGUUGGUGGCACCUUAAUUGGGGAGGACGGGCUCAUGGUAACGACUGGAGCGGAAUGGGUGGAAUGGUAACAAAUACAUCAAACACAUGGUUCCAUUGACUCCGUUCCAGCUAUUAUUAUGAGCCGUCCUCCCCUCAGCAGCCUCCAUUGGCAUGCAGGUAAUAAAGUGUUGAUGACAGAUCUGUUUAUUGCUCUAGCUCUGGCAGAAGGGUUGAGAGGAAAGAGGAAUGAUUGAAGUUCCCGUCUCAAUGUAUUAUAGUUGACAUGCUUUGAAAAUAAAUACUUGAAUGGAAACUACAUCAUGUGCUUAGAAUGAUAUGUGUAUCAAUCUGAUUCUAAUAAAUAUAUAAUACUUAUCUUUUAGUUUGGAUUAGAUUGUCUGCUGUGUAUCUCAUGAAGAUUGCACAUACAUAUAAUUAUACAUAAUUAGAGCAUUAUUAAAGUACAAAUUAUAACAGUAUUAAAUCAUAUCUCUAUAGACCACAGACAUCUUAUAUUAAAGCAUUUAUAAGCAAAACAACCGUACGGUCGUCAUGAAGAGCCACAGGCAAAAAUACAACCGCCAAUUGAAGUUGAAUUAAGGGAAUCCAGAAUCUAAGCCAUCUGAUCUCCUAUAAAUCCAGCUCCUCAUCUCACUUCAUGUUCAAGCCAAGGCUGGCUAGACCUGGUAAUCCUCUAGCUUUUUCGCUAGUGUGCUUUAUUCAAGCUACUUUAUUGCAUAAUGAUGCAAGCCAAGGCUUCUUAUUAGAGAUUGGGGAGUUUGUUUGAAGUUCAAUCAAUGAAUAUUGAUCCUCUUUCUGAUAUGGGAUAAGACUACUUAGCAAAGUAAAUUGUGUGAAGAAAUGAAUGAUUUAAAAACGGCUCACACAUUACCAGGCUUUAAAUGGGGGUAAAGGAGGGCUUUGCUAUAGUGCUAAAAAAGUUUCAGUUUUAGGCAGAAAGUGGAUUAAUAUCUUAUCUCUGCAAGGUGUCAAAUUCCAACCUUAUCUGUAUUGCUCUCUACCAGGGACUGAAUCAUUCAACCCCUGCCAUUGGCCCAUAUAUAUUGUAGAACCAAGUUGAGUCUGUCUAUCCAGAGUCAUGGAGGAGGAGAGGAGGCUGAUCAUCUGUCCCUGGUCUGAGCCCAUAGAGAGCCCACCAUCGGGGGCUUUGUCAUGGGCAGUGGUCCCAUUUACCAGGCUCACUGGUAUGGAAGUAAAGAUGGUCUUUAGUGGGGCAGACACCAGUCUCCCUCCAGGCAGACCAUUGUCCUCUGGCCUGGGCUGGCAUAGUCAGGCUGUAUAACACAGGAAAAUGGAACGGAUAUUCCCUCUCUGUCUACUUGGUCCUUUUUUAGUCCAGCUCCUCUUGUUGUUUUACGGAGUCAGGGAUAACAAAAUGAACACCAGCUAAUCUGACUUUGGUUAUUUAGCUGUAGAGCUUUGGCUUACUUAACAUUACUUCCCCAUGAGUGAGUCAUCCUCUCUGGACCACUGGGUGACUGGUGGGACCCAGGACUAGUGCUAGAGCUCUCUAACUGGCAGAGCCAUUUGUUCAGUUACAAUGCAUUGUGUUUUCUAUGGGAGGGGUAUAGGGAUAGUUAGUAGCUAUAUAGACAAUAAUAGACGAAUUAGUAACAGAUUAGUAUUACAGCUUUAAUAACAUGUAAUAGAUAUAUAGACAAUAAUAGAUUAAUUAGUAACAGAUUAGUAAUACAGCUUUAAUAACAUGCAAUAAAUAUAAUAUGUCAGUCCUCAAAGUAAUCCUAUUCAAGCGCCCUGAAAAAAGCCUUCAUCAAUCCACUUACGGUAGACUGUGAUCCUAGCUUUUAUAGGGUUCAAUAUAGGGUUAAUUUCUAGAUGCCAUCUGUGUCUGGAUGACAUUUAGCUAAUGAAGCAAAGCACAGCACACACAACAGCAUGUCUGAGAUACUCCGGAUGUACUGAUCGAUCUCUCUCAAUCCAUCUCUUUUUUUCUCUCUGUCUCUGUCUCUCUCCGCCUCUGAGGAUGUUUACGUUUCAUAUUUUAUUCACUGAUUGAUUUCCCUCAACAGUGUCCUGGACGUUUUUCAUCUAAGGGGGUGUUGACCAAUCAGACAGCUGCAUGUGGAAGGUCUCAGCCAAUGAUGGAGGCCUGGCCAGCAGCCUGGGUCCUACUUUUAAUGCUAAUCGCUGAUUGGCUGGAAGCGGCUCAAUCACGGGACUUCACAGUGAAGGACAUCAUCCUCCUCCAUGCAUCAAGUAUGAAUAUACAUCCAUUGGAAAUGUAUUUUUGUAUCAAAUUGUAGUAGAUGGAGUAGAUACCUACCUUUCUUUUCUUCUGAUUGAGUCUGCUGGCAACGUCUCUGGGUUACCUUUGAGAUGAGUAACACUGUGAUGUGACCAUUAUAACAGCCAAGAGAAAGGCCAUCCAUCCAUCCAUCCAGAGUUCUUAUGGGGGCACACAGGGGCACGUUUCCCCUCAGAUUUGUCCUGUAAAAAAAAUGUAUACACUACCAGUCAAAAGUUUGGACACACCUACUCAUUCAAGGGUUUUUCUUUAUUUUUACAUUGUAGAAUAAUAGUGAAGACAUCAAAACUAUGAAAUAACACAUAUGGAAUCAUGUAGUAACCAAAAAAAGUGUUAAACAAAUCCAAAUAUAUUUUAUAUUUGAGAUUCUUCAAAUAGCCACCCUUUGCCUUGAUGACAGCUUUGCACACUCUUGGCAUUCUCUUAACCAGCUUCACCUGGAAUGUUUUUAUAUAUUCACUAUUAUUCUACAAUGUAAAAAAUAGUAAAAAUAAAGAAAAACCUUUGAAUGAGUAGGUGUGUCCAAACUUUUGACUGGUACUGUAUAUACAGUGCCUUCGGAAAGUAUUCAGACCCCUUGACUUCUUCCAUAUUGUGUUAGGUUACAGCCUUACUCUAAAAUGGAUUCAAUCGUUUUCCCCCCUCAUCAAUCUACAGACAAUACCCCAUAAUGGCAAAGCAAAAACUGGUUUUUAGAAUGUUAAUUUAUAAAAAAUAAAAUAAAAAACCCUGGAAAUAUCACAUUUACAUUCUCUGGCUUACUACAUCUGUGGUGUUGGGUAUCAGUGAGAUGUGUGUGAGUUUCCAGACGUGACUUCCUGUUUUCCACACUUUCUCUCUGUGAAACUGAGACCCAUUCGGUCCCUCAGCCUUCAGUUCCUCAGACUAUAGGACAAUAUACUGGUCCACAUUGAGAACUGGGCUCACCGCCGCAUGAGAGGAUGGAAAUGUCCAGUCGCUCUAAGAGGCAGGCAUUUACGAGGUCAGACCCCUAAUGGUCCCCCUCCCCCUCCUCUACUCCCCUCCCUCCAUUUCCCUGCAGUCAAACACUGAAAUCUCUUCUAAGAUCUUUUACCUCAGCUCUCUUGGCACAAUCUGCCUUCAACAUCUAAUAACCCAAGAGCUCCUAUAUCAGGUUCACGCUUGUUCAUUUCAUAGGGAUAUCGGAGCUGAAUUCCCCAAGAAAUGCGUGUCUGUUUGGACCCGGCUUGUACAGGGGGAUAGGAUGACCUUGACCAGCACAGGGGGCUUGGGUAUGGAGGGUGGAUUAGAGGGAGUAAGUGUGUGUGUGUGUGUGUGUGUGUGUGUGUGUGUGUGUGUGUGUGUGUGUGUGUGUGUGUGAGACUGACAGGCAGGCAGGCAGACUUUUGUUCGCUGAGUGAAGUUUGGAUGACCCUGAGACCUGUAGCUGUCUUAGGAUGUAUCCCAAAUGGUAUGUCAUUCCCUUUAUAGUGCACUACUACCCUAUGGGCCAUGAUCAAAAGUAGUGCACUAUAUAGGGAAUAGGGUGACCUUUGGGAUGCACAAUAUCCAAUGGGAGGCCUGAUUCCCAGUGUUCUUAGUAUUAAUGUAAUGGUUGCCAAUUGGACAAACCAAACAAGCCUACUGUUUGAUCACGGCAGAUGGUCUCCAUGCAAAGUUUCACGACCAUUCUAUUCUAGAAUCUAGACAGUUGAACUGAUGGUUAAUUAAUUCAAUUCUAACUGUAUUGUCCCCUCAUAAUAUAACACUUAACAAAGAUACACAGUGUGUAUGUAGUUAAAUGUGCUUUAUGUACUGUAGUUAAAUGUAUGUAGUUAAAUGAAAGUCUGUCUCUGUCUGUUUGUAGCAGCAACAUCAUUCCUUUGUUUGCUGUAGCGCGGAGGCCUACAUGAACUCACAAUUAGGAGUCAAUUGUACAAUUAGCAUUUCUUCUAUAGCUCAUUGAGUAAUGACAAUGUAUUGAUUCAUGGAAGUGUUUUUUAAGGACAUGUUAGUACAUCUCGAUGGUGAAUAGUAGACUAGUGUUUGUCUACUCUCCUAUCCACAGCCACACCUUAUCCUGGAGGGUUCAAGUGCUUCACAUGUAAAGAUGCACCAGACAACUACCAAUGCAAUCGAUGGGCUCCGGAUGUAUACUGCCCACGAGGUAAUACAGUGAGGCCUUUCUGGUAUUUACAGUCUGCUCUGUAUCUGUCAUCAAAUCCUGUUUUUAAGACCCUCUCGGCUCCAUCCAGAGCAGAAAUAUCAAUCAGAGGAAAAUACCAGGCUGUAAAAUGAAAGGUUACCAACGUUUGCUUUGCUGGUUUCUGUAUCUUAAACAUAAUGUAUUUCACUUAAACUGGACAUGUUUAGUUAAGAAACAGAAUUGGCAGGUUGUAUAAUUCCACUGCCUCUUUUCUUUUAUAUAGAUUUAUGGUUGUCUACUAAUGUCUGAAGUUAUUUGUUGCCUUAAAGAUUUGAUCUUAAAAGCAUAUUCUUUGAGUUAUAAACAAACGAUAAAUAGUAGUAUAUCACAAGAAACUUGAGGAUUGGUUUAAAUCACUGGAAUACAUUUAAACCCUCAGUCUCUUUCAGUGUUACUGUUCACUUCAGUAAGAAGUAGAUUGUUAACACAUGAUAUUCAUGGUAAUUAAUUACAUUGCUGUUGACAACUAAGCUACAUUAGCGAUAAUGUGAAAGUAGUGUUUUUUUCAUCGUUCAACUUCCUCAUUCGCCCGCUAUUUCUCAGGAUCCCAUAGUGUCUGGACGUUAGAUAAAGUUUGACAAUAUAUAAAGCUAAACGGCAGCCCUGACAUUUAGCGCUGGAGAAAUGUAUCCACUCUCGGCUGUAAAUAUUGCAGAUUGCCACCUUUAACGAUAGUGUCUGUGUGUCUGAUAGACAGCAGGUACUGCUACACCCGCCACAUGAUGGACGUCCAGGGGAACACCGUGUCUGUGACCAAACGCUGUGCGGCCCUGGACCACUGUCUGUCUACAGGCUGCACCCAGGACAACCACGAAGGAUACAAGGUCAUUAAAGAAGCGUCUUUCCUUUGAAUAACAUUACAUUUCUGAAGCGGCUGCUGAAGCAACUCUUAAAUGCGCAAGUGCAUUUAAUUUACAAGGUGAGGGACUGACCAGGGGGCAGUUAUCAACGGGUACACACAUACAGCAUGUAUGGAAAGAAAGAUCAUAUUUUAACUUUUAUUAGUAAUAUUUGCAGCUCAAAAUGUGCCUCUCUGCUCUGUGGUGUCUGAUAUGAUUUAUCACACUGUCAUGGUAAUCCCCAGGUCCCUGUUUAGAACGAUCUCACUUGGAUAAGAAUCUGUUCUCUUCUCAGCAGUUGUUAUUUGAAUCUCUUUCUGUCAAUUCCUCUGUCUGUAGUCUGUCUGUGUUCUGUCUGUAGUCUGUCUGUAUAUUUAGUUUUUUUGCUGGAAGCACCAUUUCACCUAUUCAAAUUCCGUGUGUGUGUUAAUGUACUCGGUGAAUAAAGGUGAUUCUGAUUCUAUCUCUAUUCCUGAUUCUAGGUCUGCACUGCUUGCUGUGAAGGAAACAUCUGUAACAUGCAGUUGCCAAGAAACAAGACUGACACCAUCUUUUCCACCACCUCUCCCCUCCACAGCAGUAACGGUCAACUCACUUACAACUGGCUGCUCACUGGCUGUCUGAGCUCUACCGUCAUCAGAGUCAUGCUAUCCAAC